AUGCAGAACAUCUACCAGCCUUCCAGAAACGCACGAGUCAUGUUCCUCUCCAACAGAGCACCAGCGAAACCGCUGCCCCGCUUUCAAACCAACACGCCGCUGGACUCGACCUUUGAUAAGGACAUCCGCGACGUGCACCUUAUCUACGACUACGACGCCGAGGAUGAGAAUGGAAAUCCGGAAAAAUGGCGCUAUGAGAUGUGGUUCUUCUCCGAGGACCGCGUAGUCUACGCCAUUCACGGUGGACCGAUGGCGGGCCGCAUAAACUACCAGGCCGCCACGUAUCAGUGUAUUCGCCCCGGCGAGCUAUGGCAGGUGAACUGGCUCGAAGAGACGGGGACUGUCUGCUCGCUGGUCUACGACAUUCCGAAUCAGAAAAUCUCGACUCUCAUUUCGUUUUCGCGGGGUCAUUGGGAAAAUCCUCAGGCGGCGCACGGUGAUAAGCGCAACCCCGGCGAUUUGGCGCGGUGGAGGGUGCUUGCGAGGUUUGGACAUCAGAGCGACAGGCUCAUGCUGUCCGAGCAAGCGGACAUUGUGGAAAAGUUCAAGGGCAAGGGGAAUUUGGUACCUAUUUCUGAGGAUGCCAUAACAUUUUGA